AUGGGCCUUGUCGCCAUGGCCUCCCGAGCGGGUGCUGGCGGGCGGGAAGCAGCGCCAGUUCUCGUGGACGUGGGAUCCGGCGGCAGGUUCCUGGCCGAGGAGACGGAGGAGCAGAUGUUCCAGGGGAUGAACAAUCAGUACGUCCGCCGGGAGGUCUUCUGCCGGAACACCUGUCACGAGCUCAAACACUUCUGGGAAAGGGAAAUCGGCAAACAGACCUUCUACCGAGAAUCGGAGGAGCGGCGCCUGGGGAGAAGUGCACUGAGAAAGCUCAGAGAAGAAUGGAAGCAGAGACUGGAGACCAAGCUGAGGCUGAGGAACCAUCCAGAUGAGACGGAAAAGCAGGCAAACGUUGGCCAAGAGCUUCUGGCUUCCUUGACGCAAGAGGACACGGAGCACUGA